CGGUGUGAGCAGUGCCAGUCGAGGUGUGAUGCUGGACCCAGAGCUCAGGCCUGCGGAGAGAAGUGGGGCAGGAGGACUGACCAGAGGAGUCAAAGAUGAGAUUGGCCUGGUGGCCAGGAACCACAUCCUAGAAGCCAAAGGUGGCCGUAAGAGUCAGAUUGAUUUGAGGGACUCCUCGGAUUCCCCUGCCUUCAGAAGUCAGUCCCAAGUGUCAGCCACCCCCGUCACGGAGAAGGAGAUGGAGCUGCAGCGCAAGGAGUAUUACAGGAAAGGGAGGUACCUCAGGUGUUCUCCCCACCCUGAGCUGGAGGAGGACACGGAAGAUGAGCAGCAGUCCAGUGAGAGCCGGGCCAGGACAGCCCAGGAGCGGGAGGGCCGAGGACCCAUGGGUGCCCCCGCCCUGAUCCUGUGAUGCUUCCAGGCUCCGCCAACUUAAACUGGGUGAUUGAGAGUCCUGUGGGCACUGAGGUCCGCCUGCUGGACCACAAGAGAAGCCCCCCUCAGGAUCACAGGGCCCCCGAGAACUCCGUGAAGGUGACAGUGACACCAGUGAAGCCUGGUGAGGGCACCAGGCCACCAUCUUACCAGGCCUGGCUCUUGGCAAGCUCCCACCCCCCAACCCCUGCUCCUCUCGGGCCGGUUCAUCGGCAACAGGUCCUGCCCCGCCCUUCAAAGACAGCGGGUCCCAAGCAAUGUCUGGCUGGUGUCAGUGGCUGGUGUCCAAGGGGCUGAACUGGCAAAGCGCAGAAGGCUCAGAGAGGGAUGCUGGACGCCACCCAAACCUCCCAAGCCAGGACCAGCACAGACAUGAAACCCUGCGGCUUCGAUGGACUCAGGAGGAGGAAACCAGGCAAUGGAAAACGUAGCCAGCUAGGGGUGGGCAGGGGCCAGCCUUCCACUGCCAUCGCCACCUCGGUCAGGUGGACAAUAAAGAGAAGAAGAGCAGGAGUCUGCGUGCUGUGAAUUGGCGGCCCAGGCUGGACCAGAGGCGUCACGGUGGAGAGGGGGGCAGAGGGGGAAGUUCCCACCCAGGAAACCACGAGCAGGCAGGGCAGAGCGGGAGGCUGGGAGCGAUCUGGGGGACCAGACUCUGCAGGCACCCAGGAGUCUCGGAAGACCCAGCUGCAGGGGGAAUGACAGAGUCUGGUGUGACUCAGCCAGUCACACACCGGUAGCAUCUUGAAUUCUUGCAGCAGCCCUGGAGGAGGGAGGAGUGGCCAUCUCCAUCCUUCAGAUGAGGAACCGGAGGAAUCGGGGAGCUUGCCCAGGGUCACACCACCGGGAUUUGAACCUAACCCCCACACUUCAACCGCCGAUGGAGCCUGAAGCCCGGAGGCCAGGGCCCCGGUAGGAAGGUGACUGCACCAGUGUCUAGGGCGGGGCUGUGGCUUCUCUGAUCUCCGGCCCUUCUCCGUGGCCCAGGCCCCGCCUCUGCCCCUCCCAGCGCUGCCUGGAAGUGUAGGGUGAGGGCUCCUCCUAGGAUACCCCUUCCACUUUGGGAAAGGGUCGCGCCCUCAGGCUCUACCCAGGAGGGGACCCCCUCCCCCUCCCUCAACACCGCCCUCCGGGCGCAGGGAGUGCGGCCACCUGCAUCCCCACCCUCCUGGCCCCAGGGCCCUCUGGCCCCGGAGUGGUCAAGCUGAGAUGACGGUCAAGCUGGACUUCGAGGAGUGUCUUAAGGACUCCCCCCGCUUCCGAGCCUCUGUCGAGCUGGUGGAAGCCGAAGUGUCCGAAUUGGAGACCCGGCUGGAAAAGCUCCUCAAGCUGGGUAACGGCCUCCUGGAAAGCGGGCGCCACUACCUCGCGGCCAGCCGCGCCUUCAUUGUUGGCAUCUGUGACCUGGCUCACCUGGGUCCCCCAGAGCCCAUGAUGGCGGAGUGCCUGGACAAAUUCACUCAGAGCCUGAGCCACAAGCUGGACAGCCACGCGGAGCUUCUCGACACCACUCACCAAACCCUGCAGCAGCAGAUCCAAACCCUGGUCAAGGAAGGCCUCCGCGGCUUCCGAGAGGCUCGUCGGGAUUUCUGGCGGGGCGCCGAGAGCCUGGAGGCUGCUCUUGCCCACAAUGCAGAGGUCCCCAGGCGGCGGGCCCAAGAGGCAGAAGAGGCAGGGGCCGCUUUGAAGGUUGCCCGAGCCGGCUACCGGGGCCGGGCGCUGGACUAUGCCCUGCAGAUCAAUGUCAUUGAGGACAAGAGGAAGUUCGACAUCAUGGAGUUUGUGCUGCGUCUGGUAGAGGCCCAGGCCACCCACUUCCAGCAGGGCCACGAGGAGCUGAGCCGCCUGGCCCAAUAUCGCAAGGAGCUGGGUGGCCAGUUGCACCGGCUGGUCUUGAAUUCAGCUCGAGAGAAGAGGGACAUGGAGCAGAGACACGUGCUGCUGAAACAGAAGGAGCUGGGAGGGGAGGAGCCAGAGCCAAGCCUAAAGGAGGGGCCUGGUGGCCUGGUCAUGGAGGGACAUCUCUUCAAACGGGCCAGCAAUGCAUUUAAGACCUGGAGCAGACGCUGGUUCACGAUUCAGAGCAACCAACUGGUUUAUCAGAAGAAGUACAAGGACCCUGUGACCGUGGUGGUGGAUGACCUUCGUCUCUGCACAGUGAAGCUCUGUCCCGACUCAGAGAGGAGGUUCUGCUUUGAGGUCGUGUCCCCCAGCAAGUCCUGCCUCCUGCAGGCUGACUCAGAGCGCCUCCUGCAGCUGUGGGUCAGCGCUGUGCAGAGCAGCAUCGCGACGGCCUUCAGCCAGGCUCGCCUUGAUGACAGCCCCCGGGGUCCGGGCCAGAGCUCAGGACAUCUGGCUGCGGGCUCUGCUGCCACCCUGGGCUGUGGCGGGAUGGCCAGGGGAAGGGAGCCUGGUGGGGUCAGCCACGUGGCAGCACAGGUGCAGAGCGUGGACGGCAAUGCCCAGUGCUGCGACUGCCGGGAGCCAGCCCCCGAGUGGGCCAGCAUCAACCUCGGCGUCACCCUCUGCAUCCAGUGCUCUGGCAUCCACAGGAGCCUUGGGGUUCAUUUCUCCAAAGUCCGGUCUCUGACCCUUGACUCGUGGGAGCCGGAACUCGUGAAGCUCAUGUGCGAGCUGGGCAACGUGGUCAUGAACCAGAUCUACGAGGCCCGCGUGGAGGCCAUGGCAGUGAAGAAGCCCGGGCCCAGCUGCUCCCGGCAAGAGAAGGAGGCCUGGAUUCACGCCAAAUACGUGGAGAAGAAGUUCCUGACCAAGCUUCCUGAGAUUCGGGGGCGAAGAGGUGGCCGGGGGCCCCCAAGAGGGCAGCCCCCCGUGCCCCCAAAGCCGGGGAACAUCAGGCCCCGGCCGGGGAGCUUCAGAUCCAAGCCAGAGCCACCCUCUGAGGACCUGGGCAGCCUGCACCCUGGGGCCCUGCUCUUUCGAGCUGCUGGGCAUCCUCCGUCCCUUCCCACCAUGGCUGAUGCCCUCGCCCACGGAGCCGAUGUCAACUGGGUCAACGCGAGUCAGGAGAAUGCCACCCCGCUGAUCCAGGCCACAGCUGCUAAUUCUCUUCUGGCCUGUGAGUUUCUCCUCCAGAACGGGGCAAGUGUGAACCAAGCGGACAACCAGGGCCGGGGCCCGCUUCACCACGCAACCAUUCUUGGCCACACCGGGCUGGCCUGCCUGUUCCUGAAACGUGGGGCUGAUCUGGGAGCUCGAGACUCUGAAGGCAGAGACCCCCUGACCAUCGCCGUGGAAAAAGCCAACGCUGACAUCGUCACUCUGCUCCGACUGGCAAAGAUGAGAGAGGCCGAUGCGGCCCAGGGCCAGGCUGGAGAUGAGACGUAUCUCGACAUCUUCCGAGACUUCUCCCUCAUGGCAUCUGACGACCCCGAGAAGCUGAGGCGGCGCAGUCAUGACCUCCACACGCUAUGAUCUCAGACCGUCGAGGGCCCCGCACCGGCUACUCCUCCCCUCCGCCCCUUCGCCAUUAAAUCCUCUGUGCCUUGCUCUUCAAAGUUCAUUUACUGGGCAGCCCCUUCAGGCUGGCAAGGAGUUGGGCGUUGCGUCUCUUGGGGUGCAGGAGCGGCUGGGAGUUUGCGAGCUUGAGUCACACGAGGGGCGGAGGGGCGAACAAGGGGAACAAGAAGAGGGAGCUUCGGCCUCAGUCUGAGAGUCGCGCGGGGCACGUAGGCUCAGGCGACGUGGCCAGACCCAUCCGGGUGGGGAGAAGCCGCUCGCGUGGGCUGGGCCCGGCCUUCCCUUGGGGGUGCUGGCAUAUGGCUGGGAUGGCGAGGCUGGCUCAGGCCACCCCGGCCCAGGCCCGGAGGCAUCCCUGGAAUGCGGCGGCUCAGCACCCGCCCCCUCGGGAAUUCCCUGCGGAGCGACUGGGAAGGAACUGGUCCCCAGCCCCCGACGGCCAGGCUUCGGUUUCCGGAGCGGCGAGAUAGGAGGGGCCGGCUCCAGCCUAGAUGCAGACGUGAGGUCUAGCACACCUGGGGGCCGGCGGGGCCGUCGCAGCCACAUCCGGAACGACGCGCCUGAGUCACCCGCAGGACCCCACCCCCGCUAGCGUCCGCCUAGCCAGCCCGUCCGCCCCGUCUCUCCGGUUCGCCGCUCUCGGCUCCCACCACCACCCAAGCCGCGCUCGCCCGGCGGGGGCGGGGGGCGGGGCGCCCAGGGGGCGGGGCUGCCUCUUAAAGGGCCCCCGGCCGCUGCCCUUAGGCCACUUCCUGGGGGCGGAGAGGACUUCAGCGGCUGCGACGACACUGGGGGAAGGCGGCGGCGCCCGGUCUCGAGACUCCCGGCUGCUUCCAUCGGAGUCCUUGGACACUGCCAGCUCGGACUGAGCGUGCAUCCUCGCUCCCCAGCGGACACAGAGGAGCCUCCGGUGUCGGCUCCGGUCAGCCCCUCCUCCAUCUCCUGGAACCCGCGCCGGAGCCAGGCCAGGCCCGGCCUCCGACUGGCUCCCGGAGCUCUGCAUCGACUCGCCCGGAGCGACAGCGCUCUGCCCCAGAGCUCAGAAACCUGACCCUUCAAAGAGUCGGCCUUGUGCUCGCCACCGUCACCUGCUGGUUGGAUUUCGGAAACCCACUGUCUGAAGACCACAUAGAGGAAUCGCUGACCCCCGGAAUCGGACCUAAAUCUCUCGUCCCUCUCUGGCUUCCCUCUGCUGUUUUUAUCCGUUCUCCCAAUCUUUCCGGAAUUUCUGUGCCCAGAACCCUCCCCCACCACAGUAGCUGGAGUGAGCCCCACAUCUUGCUGCCUUGUACUCCAAUUUGUGCCUCCGACCCAGA